UGCUUCUUCCCGGAGUAAGAUGGCGGCCGUGACCGCUCUGAGGAGCAGCUGCCGAGCCGCGGGGCGCCUGGUUUGCAUUCACCGUGUUAGAUCGUGCAGCAGCAUUCGCUUCAUAAAAUCAAAAUAUGUGUGCGUGUUUGACAAAUCUGCCCUCAAGUUUAGUCAUCAACAGCGAUUAUUCAGAACAUCUGCUGUUUCAUGUGGCCAAAUCGUCCAGUUUAAGCUUUCUGACAUUGGCGAAGGGAUUACAGAGGUGACUGUAAAAGAAUGGUAUAUAAAAGAAGGUGAUAGUGUGUCUCAGUUUGAUAGCAUCUGUGAAGUACAAAGCGAUAAAGCUUCCGUUACUAUUACUAGUCGUUAUGAUGGCAUCAUCAGAAAACUCCAUUACAAUUUAGAUGAAAUUGCUUAUGUUGGAAAACCGUUAGUGGACAUUGAAAUCGAUGCUUCAAAAGGUGUUGCCCCAGAAGAAGAUGUUGUUGAAACACCUCCUAUGUCUCAUGAAGAGCACACUCACCAAGAGAUAAAAGGUCACAAAACAUUAGCAACCCCUGCAGUUCGUCGUCUCGCCAUGGAGAACAAUAUUAAAUUGAGUGAAGUUAUUGGAACAGGGAAAGAUAACAGAAUCCUUAAAGAAGACAUACUCAAUUACUUGGCCAAACAAACAGGAGCUAUUUUACCUCCAUCACCGAAGGCUGAAAUUAUCCCACCUUUGCCAAAAUCAGAGACCGUGCCAGCCGCUGCAAAGGACAAAGCACGCAAAAUUCCUGUACCUGUUUCCAGACCCAUUGUGUUUUCAGGAAAAGAUAAAACUGAACCUAUAACAGGUUUUCACAAGGCAAUGGUAAAGACUAUGAGUGCAGCCCUGAAGAUACCCCACUUCGGUUAUUGUGAUGAGAUUGAUUUGACUCAGCUUGUUCAGUUGCGAGAAGAGCUGAAACCUCUAGCACAAAGUCGUGGGGUUAAGCUUUCCUUUAUGCCUUUCUUCAUAAAGGCAGCCUCUCUGGGAUUAUUGCAGUAUCCCAUUCUUAAUGCUUCUUUGGAUGAAAGCUGUCAAAAUGUCACAUACAAGGCUUCGCACAACAUUGGAGUUGCUAUGGACACAGAGCAAGGUUUAAUUGUCCCAAACGUGAAAAAUGUUCAAGUCUGUAGUGUGUUUGAGAUUGCUUCCGAAUUAAAUCGCCUACAGUCCCUGGGCUCUGCAGGCCAACUGGGAACAAAUGACCUCACUGGGGGAACAUUCACCCUUUCAAAUAUUGGCACAAUUGGUGGCACUUACGCCAAACCAGUGAUUCUACCUCCUGAAGUAGCUAUUGGAGCACUUGGAAAGAUACAGGUUCUUCCUCGGUUUAAUGGAAAAGGUGAAGUAUUUAAAGCACAGAUAAUGAAUGUGAGUUGGUCAGCUGAUCACCGCAUCAUUGAUGGAGCUACAAUGGCCCGGUUUUCUAACUUGUGGAAAUCUUACUUGGAGAGCCCUGCUUCGAUGCUGCUAGACCUUAAAUAAAGGAAACCAUGGCUAGAAUAUACCUUUAAACUUUGUGGAUUAGACUGAAUAAUUAUAAAAGCUGGCUCUGCUAGCACGUGCCCUUUGCUACUCACAUUAUAUAAUUAUUUUAUGUGGUUAAAAGUUCUCAACAGCUGAUACCAGUCUAUCAAUUAGUUGUUACUUCUUUUAAUUAGUAGUGCUGUAAUUUCUACAGCGAACUGUUAAACUUAAUAGGUCAUGGUGCAACUUCUGAAUAUAGUGAUGGAAUGUCUUUUAUUUUGCCUUUUAUAAUACAUACGGUUGUGAGGCUGGUGUGACUGAAUGACACUAUGUCUGCAGUAUUUAUAAUCUGAUUAACCUGUUUUGAAGGGAAAUACUCAUAGUUCUUCCUUGUUGGACACAAAUUUAUUUUAACAAAUAAUAUCCAAAUUCCCAAAAGAAGUUAUGCAAAAAUCAUAUACAAAUAAAUGCCUUUUAUGCUUCUGCUGUAAGAUGUCCAGAGAGCUUUUUGUUGUUUAACUGAGUAAACCUCUUAAGUCUUUUGCUAAACCACUUUUUCCUGGCAAUUACUUGCACAGGUACUCUUUAUCAAAUUAUAAAUGAAGAGGCCAUAUUUAUUCAAAUGCUUACUGAUAACUUUUAUUGAUAACUAUCAGGGCUUUAAUACUCUCUAGAAUAUCCUAUAUUUUUAUAGGCUGGAAGUAGUUGCAGUCCUUAAAUACUUUCCAGUUAUUUUUGUUUCUUAUAGAAAGGAUCUGCUUCUUUAAAAAAGAAAAAAAAAAAAAGGAAAGAAAGUAAGUAGGAUUUCAUUUGUUACUCUGUCAUUAGGUAAGCCUGAUAGUAAGCAGAACAUCUUCUAAAAGCUUGCAUGACCUUGUAUUAUUGAUGUUCAGAUACUAGCAUUUGACAGAUUAAUCAGAUACAAUAAAGAAUUAACAUUAAAAAAACCCUAUAUGUGAGAUCAGGACUUUCUAAACUCGGAUACAAGGCAUAUAAUGAAUAGAUUCAAGUUAAUGCCUUCAGAACAGACAACAGUUAUGUGGCUUUAAGGUAAACUACACAGAUGAUGAGGAUUGCACUGGUUAUUUAAUAGGAGAUAUGAAAAAACCCUGUUGGAUAUAAAUACCUUCUAGAAACCUAAGUUGCAAACAGACACAAGAAAAGACAGUUACAUGGCUUAGAAACUAAUUCGUGAGGCACAAAAUGGACAUUUUCUCCUUUCUUUAGAUAUAUCAAAAACUGCCUCUACAGGAGCAUUCUCCAAAAUUGUAGACCAAAGUUGUCUAUUGCAUUUAGCUGUGAAGAUGCAAGACACAAGCUACCAGAGGUAGAAUCUCUGCUAUCCUUGAUGUUGAGACUGAGCAAGAGGAAAGCUGGUAAUGUAGGGGAGGGAGCAUGGGAGCAUACAUGUAAGGUGCUAUUUAUAUUUCUAUUGUGGUAUAAGGGUCUUUUAUGUAUAGGUCACUUCUUGCAAAGUUUGACUAAUAUAUCCUGCUUAUCACCUAUUUAAUUUUUAUCGGAUUUAUUUAUUCCUAAUAAAAAUGAAAGCCACAAAGAAUUGUAGUAAUACUGUUUCUAUUU